UUAGAAAGCCUUAAGUUCCGUGCACAGCUCGCGACGCAAUCCCGCUCGGCAUACCACCUGACCGUCUACGCUGAACGACACCACGCAACCUGUCCGGCGUGCACGCUGGUCCCCGCGUACUAACAGUGCCGCACGCUUGACCGACUGGUACCAGUACGGUACCAGUUGCCCAGGCAGCUGCCCGCGUGUGCCCGUGGCUCUCCGAACGUACGCGCGUACCCGAAACUCUCACCGAUAAAUGGUCCAGUCGCCGGAUCGACCGCCGGACCAACCGCUCGGGACAUUCCGGGGAUUCCUCCGGAAGUCUGAGGACUUAGAGGACGAGGUACGUGGUGGCCAGGGCCUGAGAACCUACCGAGGUUACGUGCUCCCGCUGGGAUCGGUACGAUUUCUGGCUUCGUUUCGGACCAGGUGGCCGUGAAAAGGUCAACGGCGAGGAACGGCCGGCUGUUUGGCGCGCGAGGGGCUAAAAACAGGCGAGAGAGCCGUGCCGGUUGCGGCAGGUCACGAGGAACGGGUCUUCGGGAUGGCCUACAUUAUCCGGCGUUAUCGGUGAGACAACCGGGCCGCUCGGAUCGAACAGGGAACGAAGAGGAUAGGAAGAGCAGACGAGACAGUACCGGGACAGAGGAAGAAAUAUGGGGCAAGCCUGGUGCAAGGAGAAGACCUCGAAGGCUGAGGACUCCAAGUCACCCUUGGAUCGGGUCUUCGUGCGAUGCGCACACCGGAUCUAUCCCAGCCUGAAGGAAGAAGGGUCAGUGCUCGGCAGUGCCACACAGAGGGUAACAAGCUCGGAGAUCGGGUACGCUGGUUCGCCGCCAAGGGAGGUGCUCACGAGGGGCAGGAGCAUAGAUUCCGUGGACAGGCCUUUUCAUCCGAGCGAGUGGGUCGACGUGAACCUCGAAGUGCCGAGCACGCCGAGGCCCGGCUCGGCCCUCACGAAUUUAACCGUCGACACGAGCCUCUAUCCCGCCACCACGCCGACGUCCAGCUGCUCGAAUCUGAAAGAUGCAGCGCCAGUUCCUCCGCCGCGCCGGAAGAAGAGGAACCAGGGCAGGCCGUUGCCGCCGAAGCCGGACGAGGUCGCGGAGAAUGCGGGUUCGAGGCGCGCGGAAACGGGCGACGAGCCGUUGUAUUCGUCGGUGAGGUCGCCGAGGAGCAGCGGGGACGAGCAGGACGCGGAAGAGGAGAUCAGACACGACAAACACCGGGACGGAAGAAAGACGAAGGAGAUUUAUGAGCACAAGGUUAAUGGUACCGGAAGAAUAAUAUCCAGCGACAUGGUGUCUGGGAAGAGGUCGUCGCAUAUCGAAGACAAGAAAACCGGUUGCGUUCCCGAUCAAAAUCAUCGCAAGGCUCACGAGUCAGAUGAGUACGACAGGUUCGCGAGCAGCAGGGCGAGCAAGGACUCGUCGACUCCUAAUCGCGACGACAAAAGGUGGCUGAUGGUGCCGGGGAGCCAGAUCAAGGAUACCUCGAGGGACACUGGGAAAUCGAACGGCCACACGAGGACCAAGAACUACAGCACCGUCAGUCUGCCAAAUUACGACGAGCUGGACGUGGCCAGGCAUCAAACGAAGGGGACGAAAGGACAGGAGGGGGAUGGGGAGAGAACAAAGUCCCGAAGACCCGUCAGGAGCAGCACCGGAUCGCUUCCGGCUGGAUCUUUCCUCGCGCCCUUCUCGGAGAAAACGAGCGUGCGGCUAGAGGACUACAUACCAAGGCCCGGUAGCCCUGAGCAGCUGUCAGCGUAUCAAGUCCUAGAGAAGCUGGACUGCGGGACCGGAAGUGUCGACGAGGACAGUGAAGUGAAGUUUGUUAAGUACGACCCGAGCAAAUCGGAGGAUUGGGAGCUGGCCGCUGGCAUAGACGACUGCGAGUCGAGUGACCACCAGCGGAUCUCGGUCGAGGGCUCUCAGAGGAUCAGUAAUGGGGACGAUUUCAAAGAGAACGUGGGUGAGGACCUCGUCGAUUUUGGUCGGAAAUAUUUGACUGAUCGCGAGGACGCUAAGGUGUACAUACAGAAGCCGGAGUCUUUCGGAAAAACACCGUCCCCGGCAUUUGGCGAGCCGGAAUAUUCUGAAGUGGAUCCAAAUAGGGCCCACUUGAGGUACUUUGAUCCACCUACAAUAGAGAACAGUUGCAGGAGUUCGACCGCCUGCGAGACUUCCGUUUCCAAAGAGCCAUUUUACUUGGACGAGGCGAAACAUCGUUCUGCUCUUGAUACGAUCGGAGGCAGGACGGAGCCCGAUCGAUCGGAGGAGACGAGGAUGAUCUUCCGCAGGAGCUUGUCCAACGAGAGCGAGCCGGAGGUGAACGCGUACGAGUCCAAGGAGCUGGCCGACCGACCUAGCAGCUUGAUCAGGACCAUCUCCGAGGAGUCUUUGCCGAGAGAGAUGCUGGAGCAACAGGAGAUGGAAGACUUCUUCGACGAGAAGCUGGUGAAAGACGCGCACAACAAGCUGAGGAAGAACCUGGACGACCAGAAGACGAAGACGCCUCCGCCUAGCCCGGAGCCUAGGGCCAAACCCGAGGUCCUGGACGCUGAUCACUCGACGCUGCUUAAAGUCCUCAAAGACGAAGCAGCGGAGGAAAGCAAUUUGAGCUCGAUGACACCUAGUCUGACGGAGUUGGAGGCUGCGCUGUCGGAUAUGCUGGAGAAAGAGGAGACCCAGGAAGUUAAGGAUGAGGGAAGGAUGAACAAUGGAGUAUCCCAGAGACAGGAGGGUCUUGUUCAUGAUUCGAGGAUAGAUGAUGCCGGGACGAAGUCGGUCGAUUCCGAGGAUUCUGUGCAGGAAUCCACAGAUCAGGGACCAGUGUCGCUGGGACAGAUCCUAGGGAGCAGGAAGCCGGUCCCCAGCAGGAAGGUCUCGUUCUGCGCCUGGGAAGAGACGCUGGAGGACCAGGACGAUCGGGAAUUCACUGAACGUCCGCAGGAUUUAGAUAAGAACACCGUUUCUCAUCGGAACGAGGAACGGAGGGCUGCGGACCAACCGCCCGAGAAGCCGAGUAGGUUGAAUAGAAACAUGGAGGACUUGAUGGAGGACGAGACCGAUGUUCCCACUCCGCCGAGAAGGAGGCACAGGAGUCUGGGAAAGAAAGAGGAGAUGCAGAAUGGCUCCGUUGUGGCUGAAAGUUAUCUCAAUGAUAGGCUGAUUUGAUCGCCUUCGGUGUCGAUUUUUGGUGACUUUCUGACACAGUCACUGCCGAUGACGUAUUUUCGUGUCGUGGAGAAUUUAUUGGAGGCAUUGAUUGAGUACGAGUUUGCGUGUGAUGUUGGCAGUGGUUUUCUUUUGGAAUGUCUAGUGGGGAUACGUAGAUUGUGGCGUCUGUGGCAUCUGAAGGUUUGUGGAAUACUUAGAGAUUCGAUGGGAUCUUUGUUUUAUUUUUGUCAGAUGGUAUUUUUUUAUUUGAAGCUGAAAUGUUUUGACACGUUGAAGACUCGACGAUGGAUUCUAUAAUGUACAUUUUGAUUCAGAGCAGUGUUGGGUCUGGACUCACGUCUCAAAUGUAAAAAUAAGCUAGGUUAAUUACGUGUGCAAACAAUAGAAUCUGAAUCACGUUAGAUCAAAUAAAUACAAUGAAAAGGAAACUGAACCAGUAAUACCCACUGUGAUCGAUAUAAAAGUUUUCCCUACUUUUCUAAUAUCGUCCGUAUUCGAUACACGAAUAAAAUUUACAAACUUUCAAUUUUAAUGAACCUCGAUCCAAUCGAGUGAAACUAGUCCGUGAACUUCCUUAAGAAAAGUAUCCGCUAGAAGAUUUUCUAGUUAAAUCCACUGACCAGAAAUCCGUUGAACGCGACGAAAUGAAGAAAAAAUCUCAACAAAAAUCUGAACAAGUACGGUCGAUCGUUAAUGGGUCACGGGGGAGAGGGUAGUUUCCAGCCGGUCGUACGCGAGAUCGAUCGCGCGAAGGUUAACCAACUCGUUCGGCCAUUUCCUUCCCGACGUUAAGUUCGUUGCGCAGGAGGGGGGGCGUCGGAGUGGUCGUGAGAAUUUUACCGUGCCGGCCGAGGCUUUCUUCGCCGCGGAACUUCUUAACGAACUUGCCGCCGCCGAAGAAAGGGGCGCGCAUCCCUCGAAAAUCGUGAAACUUCGUUGCGGCGGAGUUCCUGCUGAUCAAUCGGAUCGCAGAUGUUCGCGGCGAUGGCGUCGCGUUGUUUGGCCUCUAUGCGGAAUUGUUUCUAAUAACUAACAAGCUGCGAGAAGAAUGUAAAUCAUUCUUAACCCCUUGCCCUGUGAUUUCUUUCUCAACUUUGGUUGAUACUAGCGCAUUAACAUUCGUAGUUUAUUUGAAAAAGUAAAUUGUAGGUACAUUCUAUGUCUACAUUUGUGUUCUGAAGUACAAUAAUUGGUAACAGACAAAUGAUUAUUAUUUACAGACAAUAAAUUAAUAACUCAUUUGUGGCAGAAAGGUAUGAGUAAUAAUUACGAUCGUUAAAUGUUGUUUGAAAUUGUCCCGAGUUUGACAGGAUAUUAUAAGGCAAGGGCUUAAAUGGUUCUUGUGUAUGAAAGAGACUGUACAGGACUCGUUCGCAGGAAAUUUAAUUUAAGAUAAUCAUUUGUAACAUAUAAUGUAAGUGUGAAUCUAUUAGACGAUGUUUUGAACAUUCUUGAAGAUGAAUACAGAAUUAUUUAAAUAAAUUUUCGAAUGUUUAGAGAUAAGAUUCUGGGUUACAACGUUGUUUUAUAAUAUUUUGUAAAUACAAACUUGUUUGAUGAGCUCGUUUGCACUGGAGCCACCAGUUUUCUUGGUUAUUAUACGAAUUUCGUGACGAUAAAUUCUGUUGAACGAUUCAAUGAAUUUGUAUUUUAAUGAAUGUUCCUCACGAAACUGUAAUAUUAGAUAUUUAUUAAAAAACGUAUUAUAAAAAGCAUUAUGUCUCGUUACUUUAACUGGCCACUGUGUACGGAACGCAUUGAAAUAAAUGAAAGGAAAAUAUCGAAACGAUACAGGUGCACAAAUUAAUUGUAACGAACACUAAAACAAAACAGCUAGAAUGGAUCAUUAUUCCUGCCACUUCUAUCGUGAUCACACUGUCAUAUAAAUCUUCCGUCCAGUCAGAAACAUGUACACGUAAAAUUACUGGAAUUAAUUAGAAAGAACGAAUAUUUUGUAAUAAACAAAGGCACCUAGAAACUGUACCUCAAAGUCUGCACUUUAACAAACAAAUAACUCAAUAAAAAAGAAUCACGUUAACCC